UCUCUCUCUUCAUUUUCUCUCUCUAAAUUCCCUCUUUCUCUCUCCUUUUCUCACUCUUCGACACAGUUGGAUCGAAAGGCGGCUCGCAAUCUGAACCUCUCAAUUGGAUCUGAGCGACGGAUUGGAUUGAUUGUUCGGCGGUGGUGAAGGAAUCGUGUUGGAAUUAGGGUUUUGCUUUUGGCGAAAUUCGUCGGAGCUAAGGGGCCUAGGGUUUCCUGUUUCCGAUUCGAUCAAUCGAUCUAGGGUUUUGCAGCGGGAGUUCUGAAAUUGGAGAAAUCGUUCGAAAGGCUGAUGAUUUUCGUGGGGGUUUAGGUGGGAGGGGGAAAUUAGGGUUGGGAUUGAUGGUUCUCGUUGAGAUUGAGGGCGCGAUCGAGGCGGGAAUUGGGGAAAAUGCAAGGCUAUGCAUGGGAGGAGGGGAGGUGAGGAAAGGAAACGGAGUCGGCACAUGUGGACUGUCCCCACGCGUGUAGUCGUCGCGGCCGACGGUUCUUCUUCGACGUCUUCGUCUUCACCAAAUUCGUUUUACAAGGACGGACGCAAGAUCAAUAUUGGUGAUUGUGCUCUGUUUAAACCUCCUCAAGAUUCUCCACCUUUCAUUGGAAUAAUUCAUUGGAUAACAACAGGCAAAGAGAAUAAGUUGAAGUUAGGUGUAAAUUGGCUUUAUCGACCUGCUGAAGUAAAGCUCGGUAAAGGCAUCCUGUUGGAUGCUGCACCGAAUGAAAUUUUCUAUUCCUUCCAUAAGGAUGAGAUUCCUGCUGCGACGUUACUCCAUCCCUGUAAAGUUGCAUUCCUCCCUAAAGGCGCUGAACUUCCUCCUGGGAUUUCAUCUUUUGUGUGCCGACGUCUUUAUGACAUCACAAACAAGUGUUUAUGGUGGCUAACUGAUAAAGAUUAUAGUAAUGAACGACAAGAAGAAGUAGGUAAGUUAUUAUACAAAACGCGAGUAGAAAUGCAUGCAACAACAGUGCAGUCAGGUGGCCGAUCUCCCAAGCCAUCAAGUGGUCCAACAUCAACUUCACAGUUAAAAGCUGGGGCAGAGAGUAUCCACAACAGUGUAUCAUCAUUUUCUUCUCAAGUGAAAGGGAAGAAAAGAGAGAGAGGAGAGCAGGGUACUGAGUCUGUCAAACGGGAACGCAUCACAAAAAUAGAUGAUGGGGAUUCUGGUCACUGUAGAAAUGAAAACCUAUUAAAAUCUGAGAUAACCAAAAUAACAGAAAAAGGAGGGCUUUUUGACUCUGAAGGAGUUGAGAGAUUAGUGCAGCUCAUGCUACCUGACAGAAAUGAGAAGAAGAUAGAUUUGGCUGGUCGGUCAAUGCUUGCUGGAGUUAUUGCAGCCACAGAUAAUUUUGAUUGCCUCAGUCAAUUCGUGCAGCUUCGAGGUCUGCCUGUAUUUGAUGAGUGGCUCCAAGAGGUCCACAAAGGAAAAAUUGGUGAUAGUAGCGCAUCGAAGGAUGGUGAUAAAUCGACUGAAGACUUUCUCUUGGUUUUACUUCGUGCACUUGAUAAACUGCCCGUGAAUCUCCAGGCCUUGCAAACAUGUAACAUUGGGAAGUCAGUGAAUCAUUUGCGAUCUCAUAAAAACUCAGAGAUCCAGAAAAAAGCCAGGAGUUUGGUUGAUACAUGGAAGAAACGUGUUGAAGCUGAAAUGAAUAUCAAUGACAUGAAGUCUGGCUCGAAUCAGGUUGUCUCCUGGCCUGGUAGAUCACGUCCUGAAGUUGGAAAUAAACAUCCAGGUGGAUCUUCUGAUAUUGCCAUCAAGAGUGCAUAUGCAAAUUUUCAGGCCACUAAAUAUCCUUCAGUUAAGCUUGUCCCGGGGGAGAGUACUACCAGAUCUGCUUCUGCCUCUCCAGGCUCUAUGAAAUCGGUUCCAUCUCCUGCGUCAGCCAGUACUAAUCUAAAAGAUGGGCAUCCUCGGAAUACUGGUGCUGGUGGCAGCAUGUCUGAUGUUCCUUUGACAACAGCAAGGGAUGAGAAAAGCAGCAGUUCUAGUCAGUCUCACAACAAUAGUCAAUCUUGCUCUAAUGACCAUGCCAGAACUGGUAUUUCUGGGAAGGAUGAGGCAAGGAGCUCGAGUUCUGGUUCAAUGAAUGCAAAUAAGGCAUCUGGUGGCUCUUCACGACCUCGGAAAUCAGUUAAUGGAAUCCAAGGCUCCCUAUCUGGAAGUCAAAGGGAAAGUUGGACUGGCAGAAAUUCUUCAUUGCACAAGAAUGCAGCAGUAGAAAAAUCAUCACAUUCUGGUUUGACAAGUGAAAAGGUAGUUGAUGGGGCUACUGCAGAGGGUAAUAGUCAUAAAUUGAUUGUCAAGAUUCCAAAUCGAGGACGCAGUCCUUCACAAAGUGCUGGAGGUUCUUUUGAUGACCCUACAAUCAUUAGUAGCAGAGCUUCUUCUCCUGUGCUUCGGGAGAAGCAUGAUCAGUUUGAUCGUAGCUUGAAGGAAAAGAGUGAUGCUUAUCGAGCUACAGGUGCCUCAGAUGUAAAUGCCGAGUCCUGGCAAAGUAAUGAUUUUAAAGAUGUGCUGACUGCCUCUGAUGAAGGGGAUGGGUCACCUGCUACUAUGACAGAUGAAGAGCGUUGUAGGACUGGCGAUGAAAACAAGAAGGCUGUAGAAGUAUCAAAAACUGCAUCCUCAUCAUCAGGAAACGAACAUAAAUCUGGGAAUUUUCAGGAGGCUUCCUUCAGUUCUAUAAACGCUUUAAUUGAAAGUUGUGUGAAGUAUUCUGAAGGUAAUACAUCUAUAUCUGCUGUUGACGAUCUUGGUAUGAAUCUGCUUGCUAGUGUUGCUGCCGGAGAGAUUUCAAAGUCUGAUUUGGUUUCUCCAUCUCGUUCUCCACAAAGAGACACUCCAGUAGAGCUUCCCGGCACAGGCAAUGACUCCAAAGUGAAACUAAUACCUGCAGACGACCUUUGUAGAAAUCAAAGUCGGUCUGGUGAUGUCACUGAUGAUGAACAUGGGAAGCAUUCUAGUGACUCUGUUAACCUUGAGGCUAAGGAUGGAGAUGAUAAAUCCGUGCUAUGUUUUGAAGGGAAACCUAAGUCUAAGCACACUGGGAAUAUAGAGUAUUCCGGUGCAGAUUUUCAGCAAGCUGAAGGUGACGAAGAAAGCAAUGGAAAAUCAAAUGAAGUUAUUUUAGCUCCUGUCCUUGCGUCCCCUUCAAAGACAAGUGAGAAAACGGCAGGGGCAGAUAGUGAAGAAGGCAAACCAACUCAAGAGAAAUUAGCAGUUGGUGGAGUAAAUGCUGAUGGCAAUUUAGAUGUUAAACACAAUAGAACUGAUUCUUUGUUACGCGAAGAUAAGGCCGGUGAUGGUGGCUCAAAUAACGAAGUUAAAGCAUCUGUUGAAGAAUCAUAUUCGUGCCCAGCCAUAGAGACCGAUGCUAAGAUUAAGUAUUGCCUGAAUGAAGGUAUGGACAGUAUUCUGCAGACAGAUGAGAAGCCACCUGUCUCAGUGGUGAAAUCCAAGUCCGUUAAAGAAACUUGUGAAGGUAUGUUGCCUUCUGAUUUGGGCAAAGAUUUGGUUUCAGAAAAAGCCCAUGAAGUGAAGAUGGAAAAGCCUGAUACUGUUGAUACUAGGUCUGAAAAUAAAAGAACUGAUCCAGAAAUUAAUGCUUCUACAACCCCCGAGAAUCGAGUUGUUGCCGGUGUAACUUCUGGUGUUGCUCAUCAAAGUAGCGAGUGUAUAGAGCGUAACUUGGAUACCAAAAAGAUUGGACAAUGUGGUGAACCAGUUUCUCGCAAGUUGUCAUCUGCAAAUGAUGUCCAAGAGGCAGAACAACCUGCGAGGUCCAGAGUUUCCAAGUUGACUGGCUUGGAAACAGAUGAGGCUGAGGAAUCUACGACUGCAGAUGCUUCUUCCAUGCUAGCUGCUGGGGUUUUAGACACGGAUGCAAAGGUGGAAUUUGACUUGAACGAGGGAUUCAGUGCUGACGAAGGGAAAUAUGGGGAGCCUAAAAACUCAGCAUCUGGAUGUUCACCUGCUGGUCGUUUGAUUAGCCCGUUUCCUUUUCCUGUUUCAUCUGUGUGCAGUGGACUUCCUGCUUCAAUAACUGUGGCUGCUGCUGCAAAAGGGCCGUUCCUUCCACCUGACGACCUAUUGCGGAGCAAAGGGGAACUUGGUUGGAAAGGAUCGGCUGCUACAAGUGCAUUUCGUCCUGCUGAGCCCAGAAAGAUUCUAGAUAUGCCUCGUGGUGUAACAAACAGUUCGCCCCCUGAAUCAACUGCUGGAAAGCAAGGACGCCCACCGUUGGAUAUUGAUUUGAAUGUACCUGAUGAAAGAGUUCUAGAGGAUAUGGUGUCUCGAUUUUCUGGUCAGGGGACAAGCUCUGCUUCUGAUCCAGCUAAUAAUCGUGAUUUGGCACACAAGUCUAGUAGUCUCACCCCAGUUCGUUCUUUUGGAGGACUGGAUCUUGAUCUGAAUCAAGUUGAUGAUACUUCUGAUAUGGGCAAUUACUCAAUUGCUAAGGAUAAUCCAAUUUUGCAAUUCAAAUCAUCAUCUGGGAAUGCUCUAAGUAGUGAAAUAGGUGCUCACAGGGAUUUUGAUUUGAACGAUGGGCCUGAUGUUGAUGAGGUGAUUGCUGAAUCAGCACUCUUUACUCAGCAAGCUAAGAGUAUUCUGCCAUCCCAACCUCCUAUUUCCGGUCCUAGAAUUAACAACACAGAAGCAGGGAACUACUCAUGGUUUCAUCCUGGAACCCCUUACCCAGCUGUUACCAUUCCAUCUAUUAUACCUGACCGAGGGGAGCCGCUUUUUCCCAUUCUUGCAGCUGGCGGGCCGCAAAGGAUGAUGGUUCCCCCUAGUGGUGGCAAUCCUUUUGCUCCCGAUGUCUACCGGGGACCCGUUUUGUCAGCUUCUCCAGCGGUGCCUUUUCCUUCUACCUCGUUUCAAUACCCUGUCUUUUCUUAUGGAACCAGCUUCUCCUUGCGGCCUACCACAUUUGCAGGUGGUUCAACAACAUUCUUGGAUUCAUCAAGGGUUUGCUUUCCUACUGUGCAUCCACAAUUAUUAGGACCUGCUGGUGCUGUUUCUUCCAAUUACACAAGGCCUUAUGUGAUUAGUCUUCCAGAUGUCAACAAUAAUAGUAGUAGCGAGAGCAGUAGGAAGUGGGGAAGGCAGGGUUUGGAUCUUAAUGCCGGGCCUGGAGGCCCAGAAAUAGAGGGGAGAGAUGAAUCUUCGUCACUUGUAGCAAAGCCACUGUCGAUUUCUGGUUCACAAGCCCUAACAGAUGAGCAAGCGAGGAUGUUCCAGAUUCCAGGUGGCGCCUUGAAAAAGAGGGAGCCUGAGGGAGGGUGGGAUGGCUACAAGCAAUCCUCAUGGCACUAGGAACGUAUAUUAGUGAUUCUGGUGACAAAUGAAACUUUGUUUUGAGGAUGGGCAUUUGCUAACCCCUGAGAUCAUCAUCUAACUUGUGUGCUUCUGGAGGAUGGGUGGUAAGUGAGUUAUUUGAUGUUGUUCAUAGUCUCCGACCCCCACCUCUUUGCUGUAUCAAUUGUAUCUUGAAGGGAAUUUGUCCGGGGUCGACAAGCUGUUUGUUCCUUAAAUUUAUUCUGGGUGGCUUCAGAUCAGUUUCCCUUUUGUAGAUAUUUUAACUGUUCGAAAUCAUACACUAUUUGCCCAGAAACUCGAAUUGGUUCCCAUACUGGUGUUUCAUUGCAUCAACUAAAUAUACCGUUGGGCCCAAAACGAUCCCCCUCUCCAAUCUUUGCCAAUAAUGGAAGUUAUUUCGGUCUACUUAAAAAAAGGAAAUCCUUUUGUAUGCUUUUUGUUGUUAAUUUAUCCACGUCAUCGUAUAUUAUAUUUUUACAUAUAUUGUGUAAGCAGAGUGGUUGUCAAUUUUUGGCACUUAGCUCUUCU